AAUUAAAACAGAUAACACAACUGUUAUUACAGAUAACAAAUGUUAUUGCGAAAUUUAGAUUACAGAUGUACGACAUAACGACAGUGACACAUUUAUAUUUGAUACUGUGUUAACAUAGCUUGGAUUUUGCAUAUAAAGUGUUUGAAUUUUGUUAAUAUUUCGAAAACGCACACAACCCUAGGAAGUAACAGGAGAAUUUAGAUUGAAAAUUCUAUUAACAUUGUCCUUCUUUUAAAGGGAUUUAAAGAAAGGGUUUUGUAGAAAUUAAUAUAUCAUUGAAAUAUACAUCGGAGGUAUUAGUCGUAAUAGAUCCAUAAUGAAGUUUCUUUUGCUUGUAUAUCUGGCUUCGGCGUUUUGUUUCUGCAACGUGGGAGCUCUUUUGACUUAUUAUAUGGACAAUUACUGUAAUGGUACUUUGGACAUAUCGUAUCUAGAUGCAGUGCGGCUGAAACUUACACAUAGAAGUGCUUAUAAAUCAAAUAUGAAUUGUAACCUGCUGAUAACAUCAAUGAAAUCAUUGGAUAGGUUCAUGCUUUAUUUCAAGGAUUUUGAUAUUGAAAGUAACAUGGGGUGUACACAUGAUUGGCUAGAAGUACAUGAUGGCAACAGCAUUUAUUCUCCAUAUGUGUCAGGUAUGGACUUUGGUUAAUUCACACGACAGGUAUAUUUAUCUC